AUGCUCUCAGGCACAACAUCGCAACAGGGCAACAUAUAUCCCCGUCGCAUUAGAAGUGGAAAAGUGGACCCUUCACCAAGGGUGGACAAAAGUGAAAUCAUAGAAGUAUGGGGCAACCUUGGGCACUACGCCCCUGGGCGCAACGCCCUUAACCACAAUACCGCAUCUGGGCGAGAUACAUCUCCAUCACAUUGGAAAUGGCAAAAUGAACCUUUCACCGAUGUGGGACAAAAGUGGAAUCGUAGAAGUAUGGGGCAACCUCAA